GCGAGGGCAGGGCCUGGCGCGGCGCCAGGCAGCAAGGCUGCAUGAGGUUGAUGCUGCUGUGCUGCACCUGGAGGGACGAGCCUAUGGGAGAGGACGAAGGGACCGACCUGCCGGUGUGUGCGAGCUGCAGGCAGGGCAUCUUCGACGGGCAGUACCUGCAGGCUCUGAGCGCGGACUGGCACGCCGACUGCUUCAGGUGCUGUGAGUGCGGGGCCUCCCUAUCCCACCAAUACUAUGAGAAGGAUGGGCGCCUGUACUGCAAGAAGGAUUACUGGGCACAUUUUGGAGAGCUCUGUCACGGCUGCUCUGAGCACAUCACCAAGGGGCUGGUCAUGGUGGCUGGAGAGCAGAAGUACCACCCCGAGUGCUUCAUCUGUCUCAACUGCCACACAUUCAUCGGGGAUGGAGACACCUACGCGCUGGUGGAACGCUCCAAGCUCUACUGUGGGCACUGCUAUUACCAGAUGGUGGUGACACCGGUCAUCGAGCAGAUCCUGCCAGACUCGCCAGCUGCCCGCAUCCCUCACACCGUCACCCUCGUCUCCAUCCCUGCCUGCUCUGAUGGCAAACGUGGCUUCUCUGUCUCCAUCGACCAGGGCUGUGGCACCGAGCACCCCUGCACCGUUCGUGUCCGAGAGGUGGAUCCAGACUGCAUCAGCCCUGACAUGAAGAACUCCAUCCACGUGGGCGACCGCAUCCUGGAGAUCAAUGGCACCCCCAUCAGCCACGUCCCCCUAGAUGAGAUCGAUCUCCUGAUCCAGGAGACCAGCCGCCUGCUCCAGCUGACUAUUGAGCACGACCCCCAUGAGCCCCUCGCCCACGAGCCAGGUCCUGCCUGCAGCCCCCUGCCCACCCCACACAGCCCUUUGUGCUCUCCGACCGCCCAACCCUGCGGGGACCCCAGCACCAUGCGCCAGCGGACUGUUAUGAGGAGCUGCAGCACAGACAAGUCCCCGGGCCCGGGCUCGGUGGGCUCACCCGUGUCCCUGCGCAAGGACAUCGGGCGCUCCGAGUCGCUGCGCGUCGUAUCCCGCACCCAUCGCAUCUUCCGUCCCUCGGACCUGAUUCACGGCGAGGUGCUCGGCAAGGGCUGCUUUGGCCAGGCCAUCAAGGUGACACAUCGGGAGACAGGUGAGGUGAUGGUUAUGAAGGAGCUGAUCCGCUUUGAUGAGGAGACGCAGAGGACCUUCCUGAAAGAGGUGAAAGUGAUGCGCUGCCUGGAGCACCCCAACGUGCUGAAGUUCAUUGGGGUGCUGUACAAGGAGAAGAGGCUCAACUUCAUCACAGAGUACAUCAAGGGGGGCACCUUGAGAGGCCUCAUCAAGACCAUGGACAGCCACUAUCCCUGGAGCCAGCGGGUCAGCUUCGCCAAGGACAUUGCUGCUGGCAUGGCCUACCUCCACUCCAUGAACAUCAUCCACCGUGACCUCAACUCUCACAACUGCCUCGUGCGGGAGAACAAGAGCGUGGUGGUAGCUGAUUUUGGACUGGCACGGCUGAUGGUGGACGAGAAGAACCAGCCUGAACAUCUCAAGAACCUGAAGAAACCAGACCGCAAGAAAAGAUACACGGUGGUGGGGAACCCGUACUGGAUGGCUCCCGAGAUGAUCAAUGGGAGGAGCUACGAUGAGAAGGUGGACAUCUUCUCCUUCGGGAUUGUCCUGUGUGAGAUCAUUGGCCGGGUGAGCGCUGACCCUGACUACCUGCCCCGCACCACUGACUUUGGCCUCAACAUCAGGGGCUUCCUGGACCGUUACUGCCCCCCAGCUUGUCCCCCCAGCUUCUUCCCCAUCGCCGUCUGCUGCUGUGACCUGGACCCUGAGAAGCGGCCAUCCUUCAGCAAGCUGGAGCAGUGGCUGGAGAGCCUCCGCAUGCACCUGGAGAUCCACCUGCCUCUGAGCUCCCAACUGGAGCAGCUGGACCGGGCCUUUGGGGAGACGCACCGGCGGGGUGAGGGGGGGCUGCCCGCACCCCCCCGGUAGAGUCCCCCCACCCACACCAGCUCCGAAGUCACAGGAGAAGGAGCUGCCUCUGCUACCAGCAUCUCUUCCAGCUGCCACCACUCCCAGGGC